AUGUCAGACCUAAUCGUCCUCCCUCGUCCUGGGACAACAAAAUCCAACGAUAAUCCAAAACCAAUCCAAGCACCAUCCGAAGUAGCCUUUAUCGAAACAUUCGGCCAGUUACUACCACCAGCCUCAUACUUCCAAACCCCAAUCGGCAGAGUAGCCUAUUAUUCACUGCCGCCUUCGUCAACCCCAACCAACUCGAAGGUUGAACGUGUCGUGCUGGUCCAUGGCGUCCAAACUCCCGCCCUGGGACUACACCCCUUAGCAACCGCACUUAAAUCCAGGUUUCCGAGCGCACACAUCGUGCUCAUCGAUCUCUGGGGCCAUGGCCUAACCGACACCCCAUUCGUGCCACAUGAGCCGUCUCUAUUCCACUCCCUACUUGACUCACUCCUGGUGCAUCUAAACUGGCCCAAUGCGCAUUUCGUAGGUUACUCGUUUGGUGGCGCAACAGUUGCGCCCUUUGCGAGCGCGUAUCCGCACCGCGUCGAGUCGUUUGCUCUUGUUGCGCCUGCAGGAUUGAUCAGGGCGGCGAGUUUCGGUGAGCUUGGGAACAGCUACCUUCGUGGUGGAGAUGGUGUCUCAGAAGAGAAAGUGCAGGAAUGGGUUCUUGAGACCCUUGAAGGGGGCCCAUUAACCGUGCCGGCGGACUGGAAGGAAAAAGUCUCGCGAGGGGAAGUUGUCGCUGAAGCUAUUAAGGACUGGGAAAUUAGGCAUCACGAGGGUCAUAUGGCGAGUGUGGUAGGUAUUUUUAGGGAUGGGGGUGUGCUGGAUCGACAGAAUGAGUUUGUGAAAGCGGCGAGGUCGGGGGUCAGGAAUGUGAGUGUUGUGGGUGAAUACGAUGAUUGGAGUACGGAGAAGGAUUUGAGGGAGGUGGGAUUUGAGGAUGUGGUUGUUGUGUUGGGAGUCGGACAUGGCGUUGUGAGGGAGCGGGUGCCUGAGGUUGCGGAUGUUAUUGAGAGGUUUUGGAGGGGGCUCUGA